AUGGAUUGUCAAAGGGUUCGUGGGGCUUCUAAUUGCUUUUUUCUGGGUAUAAUUGUAGGAAGUAGAAGUCGAACACUCUCCAACGCAGCUCGAAUGACUUUGUGGUUCGUGCGUGGAUACCAUUCCCUGCAACACCACAGGGAUAUCUACCACUCCCAUUUACCAGCCAUCAAAGCCGCAAAACUGGCUCCUUAUACCUGCCCUACCACCGCUGGUGGCUUUGUUGAAUCAGCCCAUGAGAUAUUUGGAACCACUAGCGAAUCGCUUCGACCACGGCCGCAGGCACAAACAACUGGCCACCCGCACGCACACGCACACACACAGGGCGUAGAAGUGGAGGAAGGAGCACAAAACGCAGACCAACGCGUCAAUGCUCACCACUGCCACCACCAACAUCCCAACGAGCACAAAAGCCCACCGUAG